CUGCAAUAAUUAACUUUACUUUUCAAUAUACAUAUAACUACUCUGUUUUCAUUAUCAAAGGCAAAACUUAACGCUAGAACAAGAAAUAAGUCUUAUGUUAACACUUGAAUUAUACAAGCUAACAGUGAGAUAAUGAGUAAUACCCACAUAUAUAUUCUGUUCUGAGGAAAUCCUAUUCUCCUGAACCAGCAUCAAUUCUAGAUUACUACAUUUUCAUUUUAUUAAGUGCAAAAUGAAUCAGUACCAAUUUGAGAAAUCGAUGAAUAGAAUAUCCCCGAGAGCAACAAGACAAAAUACUCAGGAACAAAAUAUUACAAAUUUGCCAUCAUAUACAACUAACUAUUCACCGACAACAACAUCAACAACAAGUCCAUCAUUGCACAGGAGACAAGUGAUAAAUAAAUCAGCAGAUCGUACAGAGUGCUACUCACAGUUUCACGAAAAAAUCAAUUCUAAUCAUAACAUUGAGUAUCGAAGGAGAGAGUACAGAUUACCAGGAAAUAUUGAAAGCCAACAAUAUAAACGACGGCAACAUAAUUUUAUUCAUUUGAGUUUACCUUCAUGUGAAGAACAUCACCCAACGUCGAAUGAUUUCAGUCCUUUAUUUUCAUCAACUGUUUCCUCUUCUACCUGUGCUAUAACAUCAGUGGGAGAGAGGGAGAUAGAAACGUCGACAUAUCGAUCAAAUUUGAAUAGUAUUGGCAAAGCCUUAAGUUUUUCUGGUCGAUCAACAGAUGACGAAUUGAAUGAGAACAAGUAUAGUGAUCAGAAUCGUAGUCAAAGAUUACAGCCUAACAGUCAAGUUUGUGUAAAACGGAAAAUUAACAGACAUAUGUCAAGUAGUAGUACUACUAAUACUCCUAUUGCUAAUAAUAAUCCUACUACUAAUCAGCAACCAACAGUUCUAACCACAAAACGCGGUCAUCUAGCUGUGACACCCUCCAUAGAAAUCAGUUUGGUCAGUGAUGAAACAUUCGAUGCUCAUAAUAAUAAUAAUGAUAAUGCCAAUGAACAGAAUGAUGAGACAUUCACUCCCAAUCUAUCUACAUAUUCUGUUGAAAAUCGAAAUCGUCGUAAUUCAAGCCGUCAAAGAAUGCCGAAUAUGCGUUCAUCUUCUUUACGCAUUGAUGCUGAUACAAACGAUAAUGUUAUGCCUGGUAAAAUGUAUAAUCGUCCUGUUGUCUCUAAUCAAUAUUUAUCUACACAAAAUGAACUCAAACUGAAAGGUGAAUGUGAGGAGACAUCAACAACACCAACAACUAGUCAUGGAAGAAGAGGAAAGCUAAUCAGGCAGUCAAGAUCAUUUCAAAAUCCUUUGGAAGCAAAUAAUAAUCUCUCCAGUGAAGGAGAAGAAGUUAAUUCUGAUAGUAUGUUGACUACACUGAAUACAAAUAGAGUUCUAGAUGAUUUUGAUUAUUUUUGUCGUAUUGCGAAUGUACAACCAAAUGAGAGUACAUCGAAACGAGGCUUACAUCCCCCUCUGUCUGCAUCAUAUGCACGGAGUAAUUCAAUGCGUGAAUAUGGUGUGGAAAGACAGAAAAGUGUCAGUGAAGUGAGUGGUCACAGUAGUCCUGGUGGUGUUGUCACCAGUCAGCUGGAUUCAUCAUCCAAUAGUGAUUUAAAAUUCUCUAAAGGCUCAAAAUCCGCUAAAUCUAGUUUCUUAAAACCUCCGUCAAACAGACAAUUAAGGAGGGCUAAUACUGAAGAAGAUCCUUUGAAUAAAUCACCAUUGAUGAAUAAACGUCCACUAGCUGCGACAUUAAGUUAUACGUCAAUGACAAGUAGCUAUUCUAAUCUGUGCAUAUCACCAUUACCGCCACCCCCGAAAUCUAUACCAUGUGUUCCCUUAGUAUUGGAUGAUCUUGUCAAUACCGAUGUACCAUUAGGUGUGCCGUUAUCCAUAGAUUCAAUGGUUGCUGAUGAACCUGGAUUGACAUUUUAUCAAGUGCAAGUUUUGGGUUCAUCCGGGGUUGGGAAAACCUCCUUAUGUCAACAGUUGGCAUCACUUGUUAGUGAAAAUUCAUCAAAUUGUGAUCCUGAUGAAACAGACAAUCCAUCUGAGGUUUAUUCGAUAACAACUGCUCUGUGUGGUUCUGUGUAUACAGUGAAUUUUGUAGACUCUUCAGCAGAUAACUUUGAGAAAAAUCUGGAGGUACAAAUCCGUGACUGUAUUGACGCCUUCCUCGUUGUCUAUGCUAUUGAUGAUGAGAACAGUUUCGAGGCAGCUAGACUGAUCAUCAAUGCAUUGACACCGCUGAGUGACACGCGACAAUUCUCAAUGUUAUCGCCAAAGAAAAUGACGACGAUGACGACUAAUUCAAUGACAAGCCUGCCUGGAUUGAUCUAUCUUGUCGGUAACAAAUCUGAUCUGGUCAGGGGGAGACAAGUUUCUACUGAAGAAGGUCGUCAUCUGGCAGCCAUGCAUGGAGCGAAAUUCAUCGAAGUAUCUGCAUCUCUAAAUCACAUGGUAGCUGAUCUCUUCGUCCUGUUGAUUGGUCACUUACAUGAGAGUGAACAACGUGGUCGAAGUCCUCGAUUACCAACAGAUAGAAGAGUGAAUCCAUUACAAUCCAGCCUACUGCUGCCAAGUUCAUCCAAGUCGCCCACGAAUACAACUAGCAUAGUGAACACAUUCAAAAUACCGACGGUGACCAAGGCGAGCUUCAGUAAAUUUCUAAAGAAGCAUUUUACACGUUCAAGUCAAGAGAGUGAGUGA